AUGAUUAUUUAUACCAUAUUCUUAUGGCUUGUGUAAAGUUUACCCAAUUACUAUGGAACAGCCUAACCAGAUACCCAAUAGAUGAUUUAACUAAACUAUACCUAAAAAGUGAACAGUUUAAUAAUCAAAUUCGACAAAAGAGAAGACGAUGUACUUUGUUUAGUUUCUCCAAGCGAUUUGGAAUCAACCAAACUAAGUGAUCUUGAUUUAUCUUACAACCCAAAGGGAGCUGAAAUUUAUGACUAUCAAAGUUACUUAGCAAAUAAUGAGAAUCAGCUUGUCCAAUUAGAUUACGUCGCAUUAAUCUAUAUAAAAUGUUUACAAUUAAACUAAACUCAAUACUAGCAUAUCAGUCUAGAGAUCUAUUAUUCGGAAAACCAACAUGUGCAAGGUUGCAUAAAUGAUUGUAAUGGAUACAACUAUCCUGACGUCAUGGAUUCUGUCUGUGUAGCUGAAUAAUGUCACUGUUUGGAUGGUGCUUUCGGAUAAUAUUGCUAAUUCCAAUCCACAUAGAUACAGAGCAACGUUUUUUCCUCAUUUACCUUAGAUUCGCACGAUUGGAAGUAUUUUCAGUACAAAUUUAGUUCUAAGGACAUAAAUCUAUUUUUAUAAAACGAAGAGGACGAAUUAUAUUAUAGCUUUGUAUUAAAGGUAAAUCCGUAAUUGAGUAUCCCAACUAUGAAGAACAGCUAGAAAUUAUUGGCACUCAAUAAUAUUCAAUAAGAAUUAAGAAGCAAAUUGAAUAAUACCUAUGUCGAUGUAAUUUAUAUAGGAAUCUACAAUAAUCAAUCUAAAUCUGUGAACCUACAAUUCAAGAUCAUCACAGAUGAAGAGGAGUAAGAAAGCACUUUUGAAAGAAAUAAAAUUAUCAUUGUUGUGACUGGAUGUGUGGUAGGAUCAUUGCUCUUAUUUGCUUUCGGGCUAUCAGCUCUCAAAUCUCGGUAACAACGAUAAUUCCAAUAACAAAUACAAGAGGUCAUUAGAAGAAAUCUAGACCAAGUUCAAAAUAUGGAACAAAUGCAAGCCUAAAGUCCAGAUCGCUAAAUCAUCCAAGCCAAUAACAAAGGUUUCUCGUUAAGGUUUAUUAAAGAUCACUUUAAAGGACAUAACUAUGAAAAAAUCACUAAAGUAUAUCCAGGCUUAUCUUAAUUUGAAGAAUGUGCUGUGUGUUUAGAAUAAAUGAAGAAGGCUACUACGAAACUACAAAAGAUUUGUUCUGUAACUCCUUGUUUUCAUAUUUUCCAUUCCAUGUGUCUUGAGGAAUGGCUAUUGAGAUAGAAAAAUUGUCCAUUUUGCAGAUCUGAAUUUACUAGAAAGAAACUCAUCAAAGAAUACCCUUGGUUGGAGAUUAACACUAUGCGAGUUAACAAUUCAGAUUCUACUUAUUUGAGUCGUAUGAAGAAUAAUUUAGAAACUGUUAAUGAGAGUUAAAUUGAAUUUGCAAAAUAAUACCCUAAAGAUCUAGAAUAACAAUCAAACUAAAUCGAAGAAAUCAACGAAUGA